AUGUCUCGACCAGGUAAAUCCAUCAAAGCCUUCCCGGACGUACAACGCCCGUCUAACAAAAGCACAUCACAGCUCGCGACUCAAUUCUAUGCCACUCUCUGCUAUCUCAGCACCUACCAUGACCACGUUCCUGCAACCAUCCCGCCGCCUGCCGCCGGCAUAGUUGACGCCAUGCCGCCUCUCGCCAAAAUCCCGCGUAACCAGCCGUCAGCUGCUCCCAUGCCCGCCGGCGCAGCCGCAAAACAAAACGCCGAACAGCAACAACAACAAGGCCAAGGGUCGCCGUCACAGGGACCCGCCGGCAGCGCAGCAGCAGAGACAUCGACACUACCUCCAAGCGCAGCGGGCGCCGUAUCUCUGACACCAGGCCAAGGAGAUCCUAAUCAACCACCCCAACCGGAUUCGCCGCAGCUAUUCCUGUUCAGACAGAAGGAACUGGCGCGCGACUUGAUCAUCAAGGAACAGCAGAUCGAGUAUUUAAUCGGAAGAUUACCGGGCAUUGGUGCGUCGGAAGCAGAGCAAGAAGCACGAAUUCGCGAAUUGGAGAGUGAGCUAAGACAGGUGGAACUUGCCAGAGAAAAGAAGGCACGGGAGCUCAAGAAAUUGGGGAAGAGGCUUGAAUCGGUAUUGGGGGCUGUCGAGAGAGGCAUUUACUCUCGACAGGAGAGGAACGGUCUGAAUUGA